CUAGAAAGCCAACAUCGCGGAUUUAGCUAAAAGGGUUUUAGGCUAUUUUGCAGCAUAAACCCUCGAACGCAAAGACAAUGGCUUUGACAUUGAGAGCAGCGGCGGCCGCCGCGGCGGGGUCCACUCGCGGCUUGAGUCGGCUCUUCUCAACAAGUUUCAUUCCCCCAAUGAACUCUGCAACGCCCUCGGCUCGAGAGCAGGCUGAGCCGAGCACCAACCUCUUCGUCUCCGGGCUCAGCAAACGUACUACUACAGAAAAACUACACGAAGCCUUUUCUCAGUUUGGUGAAGUAGUUCAUGCUAGAGUGGUAACUGAUCGGGUAUCAGGAUAUUCUAAGGGAUUUGGUUUUGUAAAGUAUGCUACCUUAGAAGAUGCUGCCAAAGGCAUAGAGGGCAUGGAUGGAAAGUUUCUCGAUGGUUGGGUCAUAUUUGCUGAAUACGCAAGACCAAGACAGCCGCCUCCACCACCUCAGAUCAAUAUGGCUUCUCCAUAUAGCCGUUAUUAAAUCCUGUAUCCAGGGCGAGAAAGCUUGUCAGGUUAAUAAUAUUUAUCAACAGCUGGAGUUUAUUGAUCAUACUUCAUUUUUUGGUUCGAGGUUGGGUGGUCUUCAUUGCCUGCGAUUUCUGAAAUGAAGUGGAGAUUGUCCUAAUCUAAAGACAAGUCAAAUGUAGUAUAAUUCGUAAGUUUUAAUGUGGUCUGCAAGACCGUUUGCUUUUGUAAACCUGUUGCGAAAUUUCUUCUGAUAAAUCAUCUAUUCUAAACCUAACUUUAUUUUUUAA